AGAGAAGAAUAUUAAUCAGGUAAGGUAGCACACAGGAACGUACAGGUGUACAGAAAUAUAAAUUUGUAAUCAUUUUCAUGCAAACCUAAUUCUUCUAUGCCUGUAUUUUCAGAUAAUAGUUUGAAAUAGCUUGGUGGUGAACUUCGGGGUUGACCGUCACAUAACUUGAAUUUUUUAUAUUAUAUAUAUUUACACACUUAUCCAUAUGUAAUACAAAAGAUCUAAUUAUAAUAUGGAAGUUUCGUGCUCCAGUGGGCAUACUUUCGGAUUUGAUAAGGAUAUCUUAUAAUUUCCCUAUUGAGUUCCAUACGUGUGGUCCCUAACAAGAUCACUGCCAAGUCCUACAGUGAAAUCACUCCAACAUUCCUGCUGACCUAUGUAUUUCAUACAAUAUUGUAAAACUAGACAGCUUGACUCGUGUAGCCCUGUAUCAGUUUUGUAUCUGAAAUGUAUAAUUUUAAGUCGAGUUUGCAAGUUAUUCAGAAAUAUCAACAUUCAGAUAAUUAGUUAUCUGAUUUUAGUAUCACCUCUCUGAUUAUAUCAAAGAUGCGUUCUAAUGACGAAAUAUUAACCUAAUGUUAUAUUGGGGUUUACAAGUAUAUAUUGGUGGUACAUAUCAAAUAUAUAUUACUAUAUUGUUACAUAGCCUUUCUACUGCGCGUUUCUGGUAAUUCUGAACAAAGCAAUGGAAAUUGUUGGCAGGAGGAGAGUAAUUACUUGAUCAUGACCAAUAGAUAAAAUAACAUUGUAACAGUUAAGUAUUGAAGCUUAUUGUAUUGGUCGUCCUCAACAACAAUAUCAGGGAACCGCAUUUAAAAAUACGUUCAUCAAAAAUUAAUUACGCAAUGAUUUGAAGUUUGAUUCCAUUUUACAUCUCCGUAUAAUUAGGUAAUCAUCAAAUAAAGAAAUAACCCCAAAUGCAAUUUAAAUGUCUUUGUUUAAUACUUUAAGGAAUAAUGUAUAUGAGUAUACAUACAAAUGUAUUUCUUUCAUUGUGCAUGUUUCUGACAUUUGCGAACCCCGCAACAGACGCUUCUAAGUAGGAGUUAUAAAGGAAUAAAGCAACCUCUAAAGAGAGAAUUCCUCCGUAAAAAAAGAAAGCACGUCAUGGGUUUAGAGCAGCUGUUUUGGUCUUCGUACUACGAGAAGGACGCUUCUCUUCUGGCACAGGAUAUCUUAUUCAAGGCACGAACGAACAUAAAAUGUGCAGAAGAGGAGGUGGCCAAGUUAAAAUAUGUACAGCUAGCGGUCAGUGAAGGUGUUGGAACGCUCGGCCAAACAUUAUGCAAAGACUGCAACAGCAAACUUCACAAUAAAUGUGAACAAUUGCUGGAAUCAAUUACAGUGAAAACAAACCAAAAGAAGAUGAGACGUCUACCAGUAGAACGACAGCAUUUCAUUAAGGAAUUAGAAUGCAUCCUUAUUCAAAAAGAAAUGUGCAAACAUAAAGGUGACCUUGCCGAACAGUAUACUACAACUGAUGAAUGGUACGAACAAGAGAUAGCAGAUCUGAAGGUUAAGCACAAAAGUGAAAUAAAGGAACUGCAGAGGGAGCGAGACAUUCUAAUGGAAGAGGUCAGUGAUUUAAAAAAACAUGAGGACCAAUAUAAAACGCAAAUCACUAAGCUCCAGAAGACCAUUGGAAGCAAUGAAAUUAUAAUAACAACACAGAAGGAGACAAUUGAACAUAAAGAAAAAGAGAGGAAAGAAGAUAUGGACAAAAAUGAAAGAUUACGAGACAUUCUCAAAAUGAAGGACAGACGAAUAGUGAGGCUUACGCAACCUAAUCAAGAACAGUGCACGCAAACAUAUGUCAAACGGGAAACGGAAAAGAAAUCAUCAUCCUGGUUUUCCCUUGGCGGAGAUUCACGAAAGGAGGAGCAAAUCAAAACAUUAUCGGUAGAGAACAAAAACCUGCAAUUAGACUUACAGAAGGCACAAGGGGAGAAGGCACAAACAGCAUUGGAAUUGCAGCAAACAAGUAAAGAACUCGAAAAGGUACAUUCACAACUGGAUAAAUUGCGCAAUGAAAAUGCUACACUGGCUGCAGAUCUUCAAGAACAUAAAGAGAAAUUCGAAAAGGCCGAAGAGAACUUGUCCUCCGACACCCACAGAAUAUUACAAGAGAAAGAGCAAAUUGAGAAAACUUUGCAAAAAACAAAUAGUGAACUAACUCUUACCAAGUCACAGCUGGAAAAAUCGCGCACUGAAAAUAAGGCCCUGACUGACGAUAUACGAGAGCAGCUCGAAAAUGCCGAAGAAAAACUGAUCUCUCACACCAACAGCACAUUUCAAGAGAAAGAGCAAAUAGAGAAAACUUUACAAAAAGCAAAUAGCGAACUAGCCCUUACCAAAUCACAGCUGGAAAAAUCGCGCACUGAAAAUAAAGCCCUGACUGACGAUAUACGUGACAAAGGAAUGGAACUACAAACGUUACGAGAACAUUUGGAGGGAUAUCGACACCAAAGAAAAAAGUCAAUCGUCAUGGGACUACAUUGCAGUCGUAGUGGACUAGGCAAGCCUCUAGUCGAAAUGGUGGUCAGGGAACUGACGAAAGGUGUGCAGGACAGGCUGGACAGGAAUAGCACCAACCUAGCAAUACAGUUUUCCCAUACGCCGUCAGAAGUGACCUGUUGGCUCAAGGUCGUCCUCUGUUUAAACAUGUCCGGAGUCGGUACCAAUAUUUUGGACGUUUUGAAAGGAAUGAAAGGUGACAGAGAUGUGUUUGUUCUAGUACUCCACCACACUAAUAAGGCCAAUCUGUCGUCAGUGACCCCAACCAGUCACCGGAUAACCGGAAGUGAGUUACGGCAGCUUGGCGGCAUCCUCGAUAUGGCUUUCAGUAGUGACAGUGGUCUGUACAAUUGUGACCUCAACAACAAUGCUAUCGAUAAAAUAGCUUCAGUAUUAAAGAAGUAUAUGAUGAUAUGAAUACCAGAGAUAAUUUUUCCCUGAUCACUAAUUACAUCAGCAUAUAUAUAUAUAUUAACUGAAUCUGUUUGUAUUCGUUCAUUUGUCAUUGAGAUUGGCAUCCAUAUGGAGUAAUAGAUCAACAUAAAAUCCCUGUCCAGGGUUAUAUCCUUUAUGAAAUACAGUUACCAAACCGUAAAUGUCACCAGAAAGUGUUCCUUUCUUUCCCUAUGUUUUUUUAAGCCAAACUCUAAUAAGAAAUAAGGUUGUUGAUGGUAUUAUCUAUGAGUUCCCUAACACUUCUACACGUGUAUGAAGUUUAUCCAGACCGUUUGAAGAUGUAGUUUACAUGAGCAGCCAGGUCUGCAAUGUAAUAAGACUCAUGUGCAGUGUUUUCUUUUAAACAAAAUAUUACAAUGUGAGUAUAUGUCACGAGGAAAAAAAAUGCUCAUCAAAUAAUCAAAUUGAUCUUUCAAAUGCCAAACGAAGUUGUGAUGCAUGUAGGAUCCUAUAUAUAUACCUAUAUACAUUCCAAAAUCACGCACAUUUAAAAAGCAAAAAUGAGACGCUGAAAAGGACAAUAGGAAAUGUGAUUUUAUCUUAAAAGCAUACAUAAGAGGUGUGAUAUAAUAAUAAAUAAUAAUAAGAGGUGUGUAUAGUUUUAUUUGCUGAUCUUUUAUGUAUGCAUAUAUCUAUCAACGUCUACACAUGUAUUAUUGUACCAGAAAGAAAAGUUUACUGUUUUAUAUUUUCAUUUCAAUUGUCCGUUGGAUUUUAUUCAUUUUGGUGUCGGAGUUCUUUCAUUAAAAUGUAUCAAUUACGUAGGCAUGGAUAUGCAUACUAUAUUUAAAAAGUGAUAUGAAAAUAAAGUAUUAUGGA